GUAAAAAUGAACAAAGAACAACAAUUUGAAGAAAAUUGAUCUGAUGAACUCCUUGAUGAGCAUGUCCUAGUCUCUAAAGUUAGGAAGUUAUCUCAUCUAGAAGAAAAUAUGGCAAGGUCACCAUUUCAUAAUGAAAUAGCCUUUAAUAAGGCUUAUAAAGCGUUAACGGUACGUGUUCAAAGAGAUGCUUCAUACAAUCUAUCUGAGAGUAAACAAAGCGAAGAAGUGGCUCCCCUUCGAAAUCCAAAGAAACUUAAAUCAGAAAUGCUUCCUCCUAAAUGUAAAAUUCAGAACGACAUCAAGAAUUUGCUUCACCAAGUCAUAGACAUUCGUGAGAAAUCCCACCGCUCUCCUGAUUUCUCCUUUAACAAAAGGGCAGUAAAGCGAGAUGGAAAUAUGAGAAGGAAGGCAUACGCUAGAGAAAUCACGAUGAAAGAUAACAGCAUAGUUUACAAUAUUCUUAUAGGCCCAUUGAUGAUACUGACCGAAUAGGUAGCAGCAUCUCAAUAAACUUCAGCAAGAACUAGCGAUGCUGAAACUAGUAGUUUCAGACCGUAUACUCGUUUGAUAUUCUUUCUAGACUCAAAACUUUGCUCAGUCUCUUCAGCAGUUAUGUUCCUCAUUCAUGAAUCAAAAAUAAAUUUAUGAAAUAUUCGAAGUUAUUCAUUGCUUAAAACAUGAUUUAUCUUCUAUUUUGAGAGGGCAUUUUAGGAUGGGUACCUACCUACUUUGGGCAUCGUGCUACUAGGUCUCCUCAGAAGCAGGCUUAAGGGAUUUAGAGUAGAGGAUGGAGGGAGUCUGAUAGAGAAGGAGUUGGGGAGAAUAUGGGGGUUUUGGGAGUUUAGAUUCAUGGAUUUUUUAAAAUUUUGAUGUUUUAGUGAGUAUUUAUAAAGGAGAUAGCAAGGAAAUUUUAUGAAGAAAACCGAAAUUCUGGGGAUUUGGUAGAAAUUUGGAGUUUUAUUUAUUCUUUUGAUAAGUAUAAAGCAUUAUUGAAGCAAGCAAAUAUAUAUACAAGGCUCCUCUGUCCUCCCAUGCAUUUUAGAUAUUUUACUAGGAAAAUAUAAAAAUUUAUUAUAAAAUUCGAGAAUCAAAUGAAUCAAAAAUUGCUCUUUUCUAUACUAAAAUAACUUAAUUUUUAAUUUUAUAGGAGAAGUAAAAUUUUGAUUCAUAACAGCAUCAAGAAUUGUCAAUCUCUAAAUCUUAUAAGCAAUUAAAUUUAUAUUGAAUUAAAACUGUUGUCCUUACUCUUGGCAUGAACACCAAGCUCAGAAAUAAUGCCUAUCUUAUGGCUGUUGCUCAAUCGACUUUAUGAAAGACUUGAAAUAUUUG